GCCUCAGCUGGCUUAAUCCUGUCUGACUUCACCUCCAUAUACACGCAAGCAUAGCGCGCUCAACCCCGCCGGAUCCUGCUCUACCCCCUUUUCAUGGUUAAAGACGAGAAACGCACGAAGGACGAUACUGCGUCAGUUCCAGCCAGCGUCUCCCCUUGAGCUUAUGGCAAAAAAAGCCUCCAUCAUUUCUGCUUUGGGUUCCCCCACCACUCUUUAAAAAUUCCGCCAAAAAAGAGAAGACGAUUUCCCAAAUCCUUUGGGCCGUUACCUCACGGCGGAUUUUCUGUCAAAGUAUACAACUAUCCAGCAGGGCUAGGAAAAGCACUCUAUAGAGAGCAGUUUGACUUCAACGCGGAGCCACCUUGGCAGCCUAGCUGAUGAUAGGAGGUUCCAUCUCCUAACUUGUCCAUUUUGUUGCAUAUUCUUGGACCCAAUAAGACUUGCAGACCCUUGUUUAGCGUUUCUUGGUUUAUGAUUGUCGGAUUUGCGGAAUACGGCUGAGAUGAAAGGAUUUAUUGAAGAUGCGAAUUACUCCAUUGGCCUUCUGGAUGAAUCAGCAACUCCUAGAUAUGUCAUUGAUAAUUAUAUUUAUGAACAUACACAGACCGGAAAAAAUGCAUUCUUUGUCGCUGACCUUGGGAAAAUUGUGAAGAAACACAUUGAAUGGCAGAAUAUUAUGGGACAUGUAAGGCCAUUUUACACAGUGAGGUGUAACUCUUCUCCAGCGGUACUUGAAAUAUUGUCAGCUCUUGGAACUGGAUUUGCAUGUGCCAGUAAAAAUGAAAUGUCAUUGAUCUAUGAUUUGGGCAUAUCUAUGGACAAUGUUGUAUAUACCAAUCCAUGUAAGCAAGCUUCUCAGAUAAAGUAUGCAGCCAAAAUUGGAGUAAGCAUCAUGACAUGCGACAAUGAAACAGAAUUGAGAAAAAUUGCUCGCAAUCAUCCUAAUGCAAAGCUUUUGCUUCAUAUUGCAACGGAAGGCAUCGGUGGAGAUGAAGAGAUGAACAUGACGUUUGGCACCACACUGAAGAGCUGCAGGCACCUUUUGGAAUGUGCUAAGGAGCUCAGUGUUCAAGUGAUUGGUGUAAAGUUUCAUGUUUCAAGUUCUUCGAAUGAAUCCCAAGCAUAUGUUCAUGCUUUAUCUGAUGCUCGAUGUGUGUUUGAUAUGGCGGAAGAGCUUGGCUUUAAGAUGUAUAUGUUGGACAUUGGUGGAGGAUUUUCAGGAAGUUCAAUCCAGUUGGAAGAGCUUAAUCAUGCUGUCAGCCCACUGCUGGGUGCAUACUUCCCUGAAGAAUCUGGGAUUAGAGUCAUUGCAGAGCCUGGAAGCUAUUAUGUUUCUUCUGCAUUUACCCUAGCAGUUAACAUCAUUGCAAAGAAAGUAGUUGAACAUGAUCAACAUCUUCCUUCUGGAGGCAAACACAACAGUGAUACUCCUGCAUUUAUUUAUUGUAUGAAUGAUGGGGUUUAUGGCUCUUUUGGAAGUAAAUUGUCAGAAAAUUUAAAUACUGUUCCCUCAGUGCAUAAGAGAUACAAGGAAGAUGAGCCACUUUUUGCUUGCAGCCUAUUGGGUCCAUCUUAUGAUGAGCUUGACAUAAUUGUGGACCACUGUCUUCUUCCUGAGCUAAAUGUUGGAGACUGGAUAGUGUUUGAAAACAUGGGAUCUGGAUCUUUGAAUGAACAGUCUGCAUUUUCAGAUUUUGAAAAGCCAUCCCUGUAUAAUUUCAUGUCCUUCAGUGACUGGUAUGAAAUUCAAGAUGCUGGGAUGACAUCUGAAACGCUGAUGAAGAGCCUUUGUGUGCCUUGUUUUCAAUUUUGUGAAGACAGCUUCUCCACAGCAGCUUAAUUAGCUCAUUAGACCUACAUGUGCAAGUCUCUAGCUUGCCUGGUCAACAUUCCAACGAGGAAGAUAUAUGGAACAAUCUUGUUUAACCUCAUUAGAAACUUGAAAUUCAGUAGAAGUAAAAUUGGGACCAGGCAAAAACAGCUAAUUUAACAAGGGGGGAAGCAUUAGAUAAAUGUCCAAAUUUUAAAUGUGCCAGCUUGUCAAUCCCUUGAGCAGUUAAAAUGAAAUAUGCAACAAAAUGGAUGACUUAGUUGAGAUGGAAGCCAUCACCUGGGUUCCUUGUUAACAGUUUACAUAAGUACAGUUUUUAUACUAAGGAUUAAUGUUAGAAAGUCUUGUAAAUUUGUCUAUUCUCCAGUAACGUCUGAAAUACCAUUGUGUGACCUUAGAUGUGGUUUAGUAUGUGUAAAUUUGUGCUUUGAGCAGUAGUUAAUAAAUGUAAAUGGCAACAUUUUUGUUUAAUUUUUGAUUUAACUGACAUUUGCUUGUAUAAUUUGCAAUAAACUUUUGUGUAGAUUUUA